UGCAGUGAGCCUGUUGUGUAGACUGGAAACCAAAGUAAAGUAAACGGGGGAGGGUUGUCUACGGGGGGGCUUUCAGCGAGUUACAAUGCGUCUUUCACGGUGUUGAACGGUCUCGGUGAACGAUGAGCCAACUUCGCCGGGCGUCUCGAAGCGGAAUGAGCCACUCUUGAGCCCCGAAAACGAGUCCUUCUUGGCGGGGGAGAGCGAGAAUGCAGAAGCCGAGCGCCCCGCUCCCUGUUGUCGGCUUGACUGGGAAAUGGUAGCGUACUGUAGGAACCGCACUUGGAAGGAACAUGGUCGAGAGGAGCAGCAAAUUCUUGUUGAUCGUCGUCGGAUCCGUGUGUUUUAUGCUGAUUCUCUAUCAGUACGUGGCUCCCGGGGUGAUCAAUUUCGGCUCCCCGCACGGUUAUUUCACGGAGGAAGACGAGGGGGACAUCUUCCCCACUCCGGACCCCCACUACAUUAAGAAAUACUACUUCCCCGUAAGGGACCUGGAGAGGACGAUCGAUUUCCAAAUCAAAGGAGAGGACGUGAUCGUGUUUUUGCACAUCCAGAAGACCGGGGGGACUACCUUCGGCAGGCACCUGGUCCAGAAUGUCCGUCUGGAGGUCCCCUGCGACUGCAGACCGGGCCAGAAGAAGUGUACCUGCUACCGGCCGAACCGCAAGGAGACCUGGCUCUUCUCCCGGUUCUCCACUGGCUGGAGCUGCGGCUUGCACGCCGACUGGACCGAGCUCACCAACUGUGUGCCGGGGGUCCUCAACAAGAAGGAGAACAAACAGAAAAAUCAAAGGAAGUUCUACUACAUCACGCUGCUGAGAGACCCUGUGUCUCGAUACCUCAGCGAGUGGCGGCAUGUGCAGCGGGGCGCUACGUGGAAAACCUCCCUCCACAUGUGCGAUGGACGGACGCCCACGCCCGAGGAGCUUCCCUCCUGCUACGAGGGCUCCGACUGGUCGGGGUGCACCCUGCAGCAGUUCAUGGACUGUCCCUACAACCUGGCCAACAACAGACAGGUUCGUAUGCUGGCAGACCUGAGCCUCGUCGGCUGCUACAACAUGUCCACGGUUCCCGAGAAGAAGAGGGCCCAGCUCCUGCUGGAGUCCGCCAAGAAGAACCUGCGAGACAUGGCCUUCUUUGGUCUGACUGAGUACCAGAGGAAAACCCAGUUCCUGUUUGAACGAACCUUCAGGUUACGCUUCAUCAGGCCUUUCAUGCAGUACAACAGCACCCGAGCUGCAGGGGUGGACUUGGACAACACCACGGUCCAGCGUAUAGAGGAGCUGAAUGAGCUGGACAUGGAGCUGUACGACUACGCCAGGGAUCUGUUCCAGCAGCGCUACCAGUACACCAGGCAGCAGGAGAGGCGGCAGCAGCGCAUCAAGAACCACAUGCAGCAGAGCCACCAGGGCCUGGGCCUGGGCGUCAGCCUGUGGCCCUCUCACGGCCGGCAGAGCUCGGUGUCGACACUGGAGGACGGAGAAGGGGAGCGGGAGGAGCGGGAGGAGGGUGAGGAGGGAGGCAGAACGGAGGAGGCGGGCAGCCGGCUCCCCACUGAGGACUACAUGAACCAGAUCAUCAACCGCUGGUAGCAGCAGAAUGAGAACACAGACAUGCAUAUGUAAUGUGAAAUACGUAGACACACACACAUACACACACACACACAUACCCACACACAGCGGCGCCUGCAUCAAAAAACCCAAAUGACUGACAGACUUUACUGGAGAGUUGGGAUGCGGGAAUGAGAGUCGCAGUGGUUGCUAUGGAGACCUGGGCUUGGUCGAUUGCAUCAGCUCACAUUAUUGAGGUUUGCCCAGUUGUUAUUAGCACCCGCUUGCCCUUCCCCUUCCCCCUCUGAGUUUCUCUGUCUCUCCUAUCAUCUUUACUGACUGAGCCGAGGAGAGAUAUUUUGAAGAGUUGCUGACGACCGAGUAUCUCAUUCAUCUCUCCCACCUCCCCCCCCCUCCUCCUCCUCCUCCUCCUCCUCCUCCUCCUGUAUUCCUCUUGUUCUCUGUGGCCUAAUAUGGAGCAUGAGAAAAUAAAAUUAAGUCUGUGAAUUCCCACUAACUCUUGCUAAAGGACCAGUCUACUUCCUGGAUGCUCCGAUUUCAAAGGACCUGGGGAAAGUAUAAAAGUAUGCUAAUGGCUGAGCUGAACAAAGACAACGGUGGGAGUACACGAGAGACUGAACCUGAAAGAAGCGAAAAAGAAAAGUUGGACUGAGUUGUGUAAUAAAGCUUUCUGCUUAAAAAAAAAUCAGCCAUUUUACCCAUGAACACGCUUUGGUCAUGAAAUAAUUAGUCUCAUUCUUAUUUUAGGAUGAUUUCAAUUGUAUUUUUUCCUCUUUUUUUUGUUUAUGCUUUUUUUAAAGCAGAAUUGUAAUAACACUGAGACCAAUAUUGCUGCCUAAAGAAAAGUGAUUCCUUUUUAUUUCUUUAUUUUUAUUGAUUUUUAUAAGUCAAAGCUAAUGGAUCGGAUUGAUGUACAAUGGACCAUAGCCAUUACUGAAGCCUUGCAACUUGGGGGGGGGGCGGGAAGAGUGGCCUGUUUCUCUGUUAAAGAUUUCCAAAGCUCCCGUCGUUUAGCAAGUUCAUUAUUUCUCCUUUUCUCUCCCUCUUUUUGGAUCUCUGUCUCGCAGAGAAUGACAGCCAAUUACAGUCGAACCUCACAAAGGUGUGAAGGAAUCAAAAGCCGGGGGGGGGGGGGGAGAGAAGUGAGUCUGCUGCAGGUUGUUGCCAGGAAGCGUGCUGUGUGAGCGGCGAGCGCUUUGGAAAACUUAACUCAGACAAAUGCUCGAGAUGGAAGUUGUGGAACUACCGGUCACCAUGGCGAUGUGAGCCCUUUAAUAUAGUGGGUGGCAUUUACAAUUUUCCUGUUUUUGUUUUGUUUUUUUUUCACCUGACCAAGAGCUGCGUUGUUAAAAAAAAAAAAAAGCGGCGGUCUCAAACAAACAAGCCUCCUUCCCACCUGCUGAAAGGGCACACGCUGGCGCCGGUGACCCGCAGUUCAGUCGUGUGACCGGUGUUUUACUUGGUUUUUACCCUGAAGAACGCACAGGGCGAGGUAGCAGUGCCUCUAUGUACUGGGAUCAUAGUCAACAUAAUUAUUGCCAGAUAUUAUGUCUGCAUUAUACUAAUUUUCUCUGACUACUCGUGUGGAUGAGUGUGUUUCUGUGCGUGUGUAAAUAGUAUGUACAGUAUGCCUUUGAUUGGCGUACGUGUAUGCCUUUGUAAAUAGUGUGCCUGACUGAGAGAGGAUGCCUGACGACUUCUGUGAAUGACUGGUACCAUGACCAAUUAUUUUUGCCAUUUUGUUUUGGUGGUGGAGCGGGCGGGGGGCAACAAAGUCCCUCCCAACAGCAAGUCACAGCAGUGUGACCGUCGCAGCGAUGCAAGCCAAUAAAUACUCCCCUCUGCCCUUUUCUUUCACAUUUUCCUUCCCCCCCUUUUCUUGUCUCCUCCCCAUGACGUCGUUACACAUGAGGACUCUAUAAUGAUCUAAAAAUCAUAAUUUAUAUUUUUUUAAAUCUGCCCAUGUGACACGUCUUUGCUCUUGAAGGCAAAACCUAAACGGUUAGGGUUGGGGUUAGGACAUCCGGCUCUGUGACCCCCUCCCCCAAUCAGUAAUUUGGGCUACUUUUUCAUGUGGUCCGAUUACAGAAUUUGGCCGUUUCUCGCUUGGCAAAAAUAUCCACUUUCAAAUCUCCUAUUGAUUUUAUUUCUCCUCCUGCACUGGAGGAAACAUGCAUGCAGCUUUUAACCAGCACAGCUGUUAUCCAGCAGCUGGUCAAAUCUUCCAAAUUAAUUUGCGUCACCCCAGGUGUCAGUCGACUGUCUGAACUAAAGAUAAAAAAAAUGUUUGCCCACGGUGAUGUUCAGAUUUAAAUCCGGUACAUCCACAGAUUGUGACUGCUGCUGGCAUGAACCGAGACGUGGUUGCACAGUCCAGUGUAGAAGAAGAUUUAAAUGCUGGUUUCACCACCGGGUAAACAUUUUAUCACUAAAAAAACUGCUUCUGGAUAACUGAGAGAAAUGAUGUUUUGACCUACAGAGUGCUGAGUCCUCAGAUUAUAUCAGCUGUAUCCAAUAAAUAUUCAUUUAGUAAUGGCUAAAAUGAAACGCCACUCCUUUAACUGCAAGUGGACUGUGUGGGUUUUGUAGUUCAACAACAUCCAACAGAGUGAUUACUCUUCUCUAGAGAAUCUAGCUGAUUUGUUAUCACGUUAAUUUGAUCCUUUUCAUAUUAAUAUUUCAACACGAUCAUCUUAAUAGUUCUACGUGGGGACUUCCGGCUUUUGUGGCGAGUUGCUUCCUUGAACACGAGGCGUAAAAGUAAAUAAGCUACACUUCAAUCACUUUCAAUGUGUCAAUCAACAUUACGUGUUUUUAAUUCUGUUUUGUAUUAUUUUCAGGUUGUGUUUCUGUCAUCAGAAGGUUGAAAUAAGAGAUUCAUAAAAGACUGUGAACGCUGCAUUUUUAUUCCAUGAAAUGUUUUCGAACCCCAACCCUAUCGAAAAAGCAAACAAAUCUGAGCAAUAAGAGGGAAAAGCAAGAAGGUGGAGAAGAGAAUUUAAAAGUCGGGGGGGGGGGGGGGGGGGAACUUGUCACAGCACGAUUUGAAUUAAACUGAAUGUAGUCCAAGUUUGGUGUCAUCCAGGGGGCAAUGGGAGGAUACAUGCUUCCUUGGUAAGAGAUAAACACGUUGUUUUUCUUCACGUCUGACGGAAGGACAAGCUUCCAUCCACCCUCCUUGUUAAAUUUCAACUAAUCACCCCGGAUCCUCCAUUGUCUCCGUCUUUUGAUCGGCUCCUUUUCAAAUCAAGGAUGAUUCAUGAAGGGAGGGAGAGAAGAACAAGGUGGUGGGGGGGGGUAAGGAAAGGUAUUGUGACGUGUUUAGGGUCAAAAUGCUGCUUUUUGUGUAGCCUUCAAAGUAACGCAAAUGGUUAUAGGAAGAGAGAUCUCUAUUUUUUUUGUUUUUAACUUCCCCCUUCAUUGUAUACUUGAAACUGGAGACUUGAAAACAAUGCAGCUCCAGGCAUUUUGCCCACAACCUCUUUUUUUCAAAGUCAGUCUCGCGUUUGGGCUCCAAACCAAAUAUCUGGCUCUGUAUUCGUGGCUGAAGACAGAAUACAAAAGUGAUUCUUUACCUUUUUCAGAGUGCUUUUAAUUUUCAGCGCUCCAGUUUCAAGUCUAUCAGACUUAAAGCAGUCCUCAAGAAUACUCUCCAUACUUGAAAGAAAAACAAAAACCCUUUUCACUGAAAUUAUUCCAGGAAUUGAUGCUGUCAAGCUAUACUCAAAUAUGUUAUGUCUCAUCACUAUGUAUAUCUGAUGUCUUAACAGUGUUUCCUUUGUGACAAUGAAGCACCCCGGGUGUCGCUAACAUCUCUUUUUUUAUUUUUUGUUUUAUUUUUUUAAAUGUGUUAAAAAAAACAGUGUGAUAGAGACUUGUUUUGUUUUUUUUCUCGGAUUGGUGUGCAGUCUGUCUCUGGCUCCUUCUGUAUGCAUCAUUCUGGGUUUGUUUCUUAUGAUUGCAAAAAUGAAUCAUCAAGCCACCAAUUAAAAUAUUUCAUUUUUACAGAC